GCGACAGCACGGGGACCGCAGCGCAGCGCAGCGCACACGCCGAGCCAGCAUGUCAGCCGUGGCCAACACGACCCUCAGCCGAGCGCUAGCGCUGCUCCAGCUGCUGCUGCUUGCGGCGGUCACCUGGGCGCGGGUCGUGCCAAACAACGUACCCAUUUGCAAACGCAGUGAUCCGCAGUACGAUGCCUGCGUCGUCAAGUCUGUGGAAGCCAUUACGCCUCACCUAGUCAAAGGAAUUCCUAAGAUGCGGGUACCACCGUGUGAGCCGCUGGUUAUUCCUGCCCUGGCUAUCGACAGAAACUUGGAAGCCCUCAAGGUCAGAGCUGACUUGAAGAAUAUACGUAUAUAUGGCGGAACCACCUUCGUUAUUAACAAGCUCAAGACAGAUCUCCAUGGUCUAAGUCUGGAUCUGUCAGUGUCCUUCCCACACAUCUACAUGGUAUCUGACUAUGACAUCGAUGGCCGCAUUCUGGUUGUUCCGCUUAAGGGUCGCGGAGAGUUCCGAGGGAAUUUCACGGAUGUAAAAGGUGACAUCCAUGGAAAAGGAAUGUUGGUGAACAUAUCAGGAAAGCAAUAUCUGCAAGUGCAGAAAUUAACUGCCAGUGCAGAUGUGAAGGAUGCUGUUCCUCAGAUAAUCAACAAGGAUAAGAGCACAGAAGCUAUCACAAAUACUGCCAGCAACUUUAUCAACGAGAACAAGAGACAAGUGUUUCAGAUUAUUAAACCCUUGGUUGAUGACACUUUGGCUGCUGUGCUGACAGAAUUUGCAAACAGCAUACUGAGAACAAUGACAAUAGAUGAGAUUCUACCAGAUUAAAGGAGAAAAAAAUACUUAUUUCAUCACAUCAACUUAAUGAAUGUAACUGUUAUACUUCAUUUGAUUUCAUGUACAAAGCUACAUGCAUGUGAACAGUUUUUAAAACAUUAUAUUAAUGGUGCUUCAAAACCCUAUAGAAGGUACAUUAUUAUCUUUAAAAAUGUGAUAU